AAAUAAGUGAGGAGGGGAGUAAGAAAUAUAAAUAAUUCGUAGGAGGACCGAGGACUUAUAUUGAAAAAAAGAGCGACUGUAAAAUUCCUUAGUCAAGAUCAUCCUCUACAGAAACACUAUGGAAAUCCGGGCUAGCUUUCUCUUCACAGCGCUGCUCUUUGCCGGAACCGCUUUGGCUUCCGCCGAUUCGGCGUCGGAGCCCACCGUCUACGAUAUGCUGACCAAGUACGGCCUGCCGGCCGGCCUGUUGCCGGACUCGGUGACCUCCUACACGCUUUCCGGCGACGGCGCCUUCGAGGUCUACCUCGAGAAGCCUUGCUACGUGCAAUUCGAUUACUUGGUGUACUACGACAAGAAGAUCUCCGGGAAAUUGAGCGUCGGCUCGAUCACCGGAUUGAAGGGGAUUCAAGUCAAGAGAUUACUGUUCUGGUUCGACGUGGACGAGAUCAGGGUCGACUUGCCGCCUUCCGGGAGUAUUUAUUUUCAGGUCGGGAUUAUUAACAAGGAGCUGGAUGCCGCUCAGUUCCAGACUGUUCCCACUUGCAGGGACAAAGCCUUGGCCCUAUGUGGAGGACCUGCCAGGAAAAUUGCUCAGCCAGCAGCUGUGGAUGAUGAUUUGCCAAUGCUCCUUACAGAGUAGUGAAUCAAAUGGUUUCUUGCAGCUAAAGAGUGUUGGAAGGUGUGUAAUACCAUUACUUGGCAAUGUGAUGAACUGUUUCUUUUCUUCUUCUUUUUUUUUUGUCUUGGGACAACAUGGCUAUGGGCUAUCUAUGGCAAAGGUAACCGUGUAAUAUAUAUGUAUAUAUGGAAGGGUGGCGACAUGUUUUAUCGAGUUGUACUCUUCGGUCAUGUAUCUCUAUCAUAACAUAGAACUAUAGCUUCAAUAAGAUUGUGACACCCUUCCAAGUUGGACAUGUUGAACUUUUACUUUACGUUUAUGAUGGCAAGAUCUAUGUUUAAAUUGAAGAAUAAAUUUUUAUGUUUAAU